ACCACGUCGUUUUUACGUAACAUAUGACGCGAUGGUCGGAAGUGCACUGUCAGUUUGCAAUUUUAUAAGUAUGGGAAGGACGCAUUGAAGCGAGCACGCUCCACACAAAACUUCGUCUUCUGCAGCUCAUGGAGAUUCCUCAGCUCCUCAUCGUCCUCCCACUCCUCUCCUUCUUCCUCUUGUGCCGUCGCUUGGACCUUCAAGCCUCAGCUCAUGAAAAGCAGCUCUUCACGUCGCUCAACUCUUCUUCUUCUUCUUCUGCUUCUUCUUCCUCUUCUUCCGAGUCUUCGUUGAGAGAAUAUGUGGUUAGGAGGGCUAAGGAUGCGAGCCUGGCGGAUUGGAUGAAGAAGAUAAGGAGGGAGAUCCACGAGAACCCCGAGCUCGCUCACGAGGAGUUCGAGACGAGCGCGCUCGUCAGGCGCGAGCUCGACCGGCUGGGCAUCACGUACCGGUGGCCCGUGGCCGGGACGGGGGUCGUGGCCACGGUCGGCUCGGGGUCGCCGCCGUUCGUCGCCCUCAGGGCCGACAUGGACGCUUUGCCUAUUCAGGAGUUGGUGGAGUGGGAGCACAAGAGCAAGGUAGAUGGGAAAAUGCACGCUUGUGGCCAUGAUGCUCAUGUCGCCAUGCUCCUUGGAGCUGCCAAGAUAUUGCAAGAAGUCCGAGACCAUUUGCAGGGAACGGUGGUUCUUAUUUUCCAGCCGGCCGAAGAGAGCGGCCGAGGCGCAAAGGAUAUGAUCCGAGAUGGUGCCCUCGAGAACGUGGAAGCAAUCUUCGGCUUGCACUUGGUCCACAAGUACCCAAUCGGGGUCGUCGCGUCCCGGCCCGGGGAAUUCCUAGCAGGGUGCGGCAGCUUCGAGGCUAGGAUCAAGGGGAAAGGGGGUCACGCGGCGAUCCCGCAUCUCUCGAUCGACCCGAUUUUGGCUGCUUCGGCCGCGGUGGUCAGCUUGCAGAACAUUGUUUCCAGGGAGGUGGACCCUUUGGAAUCUCAGGUAGUUUCGGUAGCAAUGAUACAAGGCGGGACUGCAUUCAACGUGAUCCCCGACGCGGCCACGAUCGGCGGGACUUUCCGAGCUUUCAGCAGGAAGAGCUUCUAUGGUUUAGGGGAGAGAAUAGAAGAGGUGAUAAAAGCGCAGGCGGCGGUACACCGCUGCUCCGCGGAGGUCGACCUGGAGGGGAACGAUCAACCCUCUGUCCCUCCGACCGUGAACGACGAGAGGAUCUACAAUCACGUCCACCGCGUCUCGACCGAGAUCGUCGGGGAAGACAACACGGUGCUGUCUCCGAGCUUCACGGGGAGCGAGGAUUUUGCCUUCUAUCUGAACGAGGUCCCGGGGUCCUUCCUCUUCCUAGGCAUCAGGAAUGAGAAGAUCGGGUCCGUCCACCCUCCGCACAGCCCUUAUUACACCAUCGACGAGGACGUGCUCUUGAUCGGGGCCGCGAUACAUGCCACGUUUGCUCUUUCGUAUAUCUCCGAUUCGACAAGAGCAGCCAAUGUAGUCCGCUAAAUUAGCGUUGUCAAUACAUAAAACUUACUUAUGUUCGUUCAUAUGUUUGUUCCUUGCAAGUUUGAUGGAAAUUUCUUUCAGGAAUGUUGUUCUUUAUAUAGACA